GGGGAGAGGCGGCCGUUGCUGCAGAGGGGCGGCCUUGCCCGGCGAGGCUCGUGACCCACCCCCCGCGCUCUUUUUUCUUCAGCUCCUCGCCACCUUCCGUGUUCCAGACGUGCACCCUCUGCAAGAAAGCGCAGGAGGAUUGAGAGCCUCUACGCUUGCUUGCUCAGAAGUAAGCCGCGCGCGGCGAUCUGGUGAAUCUUACUCUCAAGUUCUGUGGUUUAGUGCCAUGGCAACCAUUGUGUCCGAGAAACUCAGCCGCCUUUUCAUCAGCGCCCAACACUUCUGGAAAGUCCCCCAGCUCCUGGAGGAAGCCCUGCCCUCCCUGUCCUGCACUGUGGGGGUACUGGACGUUCCCCGGCUUUUCCGGAAGCCGUACAUCCACACCGGCUACCGCCCUGUCAACCGAACGUGGAGGUAUUACUUCCUGUCACUCUUCCAGCGCCACAAUGAGGCGGUCAAUGUUUGGACACACCUGGUGGCCGCUUUGGUCCUGCUGGUGCGGUUCUGGCAGCUGGCCCGGACCGUGGACUUCCGCGGGGACCCCCAUGCCCAGCCCCUCUUCAUCAUCGCCGCCUCUUCCAUCGUCUACGCGACGUUCAGCGCCGUGGCGCAUCUCCUGCAGGCCAAGUCGGAGUUCUGGCACUGCGCCUUCUUUUUCCUGGACUACGUGGGGGUCGCCACCUACCAGUACGGCAGCGCCUUGGUGCACUACUAUUACGCCAUCGAGCCGGCAUGGCAUGCGCGGGUGGGGGGCUUCUACAUCCCGGGAGCCGUCCUGCUGGCAUGGCUGUCCUGUGCCGGCUCGUGCUACGCCAAAUACCGGUGUCCACACCUCUCCUCCCUGAUGGGCCGACUCUGCCAGGAGGUGCCCUCCGCCGUGGCAUACGCCCUGGAUAUCAGCCCGGUGCUUCACCGCAUCUAUUCCUCCUCUUCCUCAGGCCUCGCGGACCCGGCCGUUCUCUACCACAAGUGCCACGUGCUCUCCUUCCUCGUCGGGGCCUUCUUUUUCGCCUGCCCCUACCCUGAGAAAUGGUUCCCGGGGAAGUGCCACUUCGUCGGGCAGGGGCACCAGAUCUUCCACGUGUUCCUCACCUUGUGCACCCUCACCCAGGUGGAGGCGGUGCUCCUGGAUUACGGCACCAGGCAGCCCAUCUACUCCCGCCUGCACGGCGGCCUGGCCCCCCUUUUCUCCGCCCUGUGCCUUUUGUUGGUGGUUUGCUGCAGCCUCACGGCUCUGUACAUGACCGCCAAGGUGAGAGGCAAGCUGCACCGGAAAGAGGAGUGAGAGAGAGAGAGAGAGUCGCUGGCAGAGAAUCAACCCACCGGCCUCCUUGCUUAUGUUCCCUUUGGGCAUGUCCACACUAUGGUUACUUAGAAAAUCGGGCCCUUUGCCCGGGGCAAGUGGUGCUUUUUGUGGCAAGCGGAGCAUGACCUGCUCCCUUGCCUGAUCCAUGCAAUGGCUGGGGGGUGGAUUCAAGAUGACCAGUUCCCCUUCUGCAGUAGUACAGCUAGGACGGGGCCUUCGCACCAGAGCCUGGCUCCCCACGGCUCCAGUGGCCCAAGCAGCCGCACAGACCCUGGCAGGAGAUGCGGGCCAGGUGUCGGCACCUGGGUCGGCAGGUAUGUGACUCUACCGGGCUGGUGCCAGCGGUCACUGCCACCUUUCUUGUUUUAAAAACAUUUGGAAAUCAAGGCCAACUGGUUACAGGUCCACAAUCUACUAUGCCUACUUUUAAAAUAGAUUUUGCUUUCUGCCACAAAAUGAUACUUAUCCCCAAGUCACAUGUUUUUAGCACCAGGAUAGCAGACACGGAUUCCACAUUAUUCCGGUGGCCACGAAAGGUGCUAUGACUCCAGUGAGUUCAAAAUAUGAAACUGCUCACACCCCGAGGCUCUCCUUUUUUUGAUUCAGAUUUGGCAAGCGGGGCUGUUGCAUUUUUGCUCUAACGUGCCAGGAGUGGGUGGAGGAGGAGAGAGUGUGUUCUGUGUGCUUCGCAACUGAAGUCACACACACAGUUGGGUAAAGGAACACCCCAGAAGACCAUUGUCUGUGCUCUAAAAUGACCUAGCUGUACCACUGCUGUUGUAAGAGGAAAUGCGCCUUUUUCCUGGACGUAAUGGAAAACUUUGCUUUUUAAGAGGUCCGUCUGUCGUGCAGGAGAGAGCAUGUCACUUAAACAUCCCCUCCAAGCUCACACACAAUUCCUAACUCAGCUUUCCUGCCGGUUUUCCAAAUCAGAAGUGGGCAGGGUUCAGGCUUGCCUGGUCCUACUUUGUUUUUUUCCUACAGCCACAGGAUCCACAUAUGGUGUAAAAGGCAUGCACUUUGAAUUCAGUGUAUGGAGCCCAAAAAUUUGGAGCCCGAACUACAUGAAGCUCCCUGACAAUCAUCUGCUCCCGGUUAGCUGAAGCUUCAUUCCUUCUGGCAGUAUAAUUUAAAGUGGGGAGGUGGGAAGGAUCAAUUUGUUGAUGCUAACACUAAAUAGAUCAGGCACCAGAAAUCCUUGCUGAUCUAUGCAAAUCAUGCAUAGAUGUUCCAGUAGAUCUCAGUACGCCUGCUGCCCACCCUUGCUCUAAAUGGUGGAAGAGCCUCAGGGAAGGGGGGUCAAGAACUGCUCUGCCAGGUCAGGGAAGCCCUUCCAGUUCCGGGACCCCAGAGCAAAAGCUGAUCUUACUGCUUCGUCUGCACUGACUGAGAUGUUAUUUCAGCCCAUGUGUUCUAUGCAGCCACAGACCCAGGGUCCCUCAGCCCAACUUGAAGCUCUCCAGAUGUGAGAGGGGUUGCGACUCCCAUUGGCCACCCUGGUCUGUCACAUCUGGGGAGUGUCAGGUUGGAGGAAGCUGCUGAGCCCCUGGGUGCCACCUGCCCUGUGGGGCAGAUGUCUUCCCUGCUUCCCUUCCUCCUUGACUGAGGCUGCGAUGUUCCAGAGAAGAACAUCCCGGCAUUCAGAGGAACAUUUCCUUCUUGUGUGCUACCAGCAGUUCUGGAAGAAGCCAUGCUGAUGUGCCUUAAGGAGAAGGUCUGCAUUUGAGUUUGGAUGUGGAGAGCCUGAGUUGCUGUGUUUGCAGCGCUGGAGUCAUUUGGACAAGUGUUACAUCUAGGGAUAAAGGAUGGGCAGGGUAAAAGAGAGGCUUCUUCGGCUGACAUGAAGAACAUGAAAGAAGAACAUGAAGAAGCAGCCAUUCACAGCCCUGUGGUGGCGUGAUGGCCACCCAUUUGGACGGCUUCAAAAGGAACUGGACAACUUCAGGAAGGAUGACUAACCAGUGGCUCCUAGUCCUGAUGGAGGAAUGCCUGUUGUGGCAGUUGCUGGGGAACAUGGGGGGAGGGUGCUGUUGCACUUAGAUCCUACUUGGGGGUUUCCCACAGACAGAUGGUUGGGCCCUGUGUGAGCAGAAUGCUGCAAUGGGUGGACCUUGUUGUACUUAGGUUCUGGUAGGCCACACCGAAGGACUCUCAACCAGUGUUCUCAAUUCCACAAGGAUGUAGGAAGCUGCCUUCUAACAGGUCCAGCUAUAGUCCAUGUAGCCAAAUGCUGCCUGUUCCAGCUUUACCCAAAUUGGAAUCCUUCAGAUGGUUUGAACUGCAAUUCUCAUUGUUCCUGAACAGAGACCACGUUGGCUGGGCUGAUAGGAGUUCCCAUGGAAAGCAUCGGUAGGUACUCUCCGCAGAUUCUGGACUACUGCUUCUGCCAGUUCCUGACAAUUGGCCAUGCUGGUUGGGGUUGAUGUGAGUUGUAGUCCAGAAUGUUUGGAAGACACCAGGUGGGAGAAGAUUGGUUGCUUCUAACUGGCAGCUGCUCUCCCAGGUCACGGGCAGAUGCCCUAUCCAUCCACUGGUCCCUCACUCUUUUAGCUGGAGAUGCUAGGAUGGAACAUGGGACCCGCAGCAUGCAGACCGGUGCUUCUACCACUGCACUUUAUCCCUUCUGAGCCUUCCUCAACCUGGUGCCCUCCAGAUAGUUUGUUCAACAACUCCCAGCAUGCCUGAUCAGCAGCCAUGCUGUCUGGGGCUGAUGGAAAUUGAAGUGCAAAACACUGGUUGCGGGGGAUUCGGGUUGGGAAUGGCUGCUUUGAGAGCAUUUACUAGUACGAGGCCAUGUACAGUGUUGGGGGUGCUGCAUUCAGUGGGGCUUCCUCCCACAUAAGAGCACGCAGAGCAUAGCCUGAAAUCAUACGUCCUCAUUCUUCCAGGUUGCGUUGCAAUUAAACCGCCAAAAUAACCGGGUGGAAAUGAUGCCAUUGCCUUCGGCAAACCAGGAAAGAAUGGGUUAGAGCCAGACAAAGGUGCUCCCCUGUGCAGGUUUAGGCAGACAGAAAUCAGCUUGCGGGGCAUGCCAGAUGUGGAAAGUCCUUUUCUGUCUAAGCCUGCCUAGGAUUGUGUCUCAUCCGCAUGCACAUUUACCAGCCUGUAAGUUCCAUGGAAUCCAAAGAACCAUACUCCUGAGCUGAUGCACCUAGGACUGCGAGGUUGGAUUUCCACUGCAAGCAAAAGGACGUUGCUUUGAUGUGGCACAUUUUUCAUGUUGAUUUCAGUGGGAGUUACCUGCAGGUAGUUUAGUCAGGGCUUGAGUAGCUGAGCUAUUACCCCAGAGUAACUAGGCAUUGAGACCCAAUGUGGCUUCACUCAUUUUUAAAAUACAGCAACCGUCCUUUCAAAACAUGUAUCCAACUCAGCAGUCUUGAAUUCUGUUCAGUGAGAUGUCAAUGUGCUUCCGUUGUAGGUAGGUGGGCCUGGCUGGAAACUGGCUGGUCUUUAAUCCUGUUGAGUCAAAGGGGGUGCCUGAAGCCCCUCGUUUUCAAUGGGACUGAAAGCCAGGUGGCAUAUUGAGGAGAAUUUGAGGCCCUCUUGGAUUCCCCUCCUUUCAAGAAUCCUUCCUGAUUAUGGUGUUCUGAUCUCCCCCUCAGUAGAAAUCUAGCACCAGGGUAGGUGCCCUGGUGGUCUUCAGAAGCUUUGGACUGUGGUUCCCAUAAGCCCUGGCAGCAUGGGCAGCAGCCAGGAAUUAUGGGAGCUGUAGUGCAAUACAUCAGGAGAUUUGGGGAAAGUUGGCCAACCUUGACUCUCUUUGGGCAGCUGCACUUGGACGUCAAUAAGAAUCUUUGCACAGUGGUCACCUUUCUCCCAGAUGCAUCAUUUUGGAAAUGGGAUCUUAAUGGCAUGAAAUGGCUGUAUUCAUUCUAUAGAAGGAGAGAAAGAGAUAAUCAGUUUAUAUAUGAAAUAGGAGCUGCCGGGCUAUUCUUGAACCCUCCUGCCUGACAUGUUAGUGCUGUGUGCCCAGCAGAUGUCUUACACUGGAGCAUUCCAACACAGGUGCCCAUCUGUACUGGAAAGUGAUGUAAUUCCCAGUGGAGUGUAUCAGAAUAUAUUCCUGGAUGUGUAGAAUUUGCCUCACACACUCAUACUGGAUAUGGUGCAAUUCAGUGUACUGCCUAAUGAUUAAUUACAGAGAUUCGGCAGAAUUUUGCAAAAAGGAAACCUGGGAAGGUGGACAGAUUUGUGUGUUUUCCUGCCUGUCUUAUUUUUUAUAUAUUUCAAUUGGCCCAAGGCCAUUAUUUGUUUCUAUAAAACACUUUUCACAAGCCAAA